AUGAAAAGCAAACGUGCGACGAAGACGUCUCCUGCGGCAUCUGAAGCACCCGACGAUCCUGCAUCCGAAACAGACGCAUUUGAUGCGUCCCAAACAUCACAAGCACACGGGCAAGAAGCGCAAGUGGAGCAGCGACCUCGUUCGAAAGGCAAGAAGGGCUCGAAGGAGAAGCCUCCGACCAAGGGAGGACGCCCGGUCGGUGCGCAAGGCUACAGUGAGCCAGAUACCAUGGCACUUCUUACACUCAUUGAUCAAGACCUUCCUCGUGGAGGAAACGCAUGGGAUCGAGUGCGAGAUCAGUACAACGCACAGCACGCAUUGGUUGAGGGUCGUGAUACGCGUACGACGGACUCGCUCAAAAGUCGAUUUCGCCAUGUUCUUGCUCCAGCGGCUCCUAGCGGCAAGACACGUUUCUCUGCCUUGCGUACCAUGGCGGUGGAAAUUCAACAACGGAUCAUGAACAAGGUGCACAAUGUUACUGUGGACGACUCGCAGAGCUUUGAAGAGCGCAACGACAACGACGAAUACGACGAGAAUAGUGCUAGUGAGCACGAUGAUGACAGCGAAAACCAGAGCAACGUGAAUUCAUUGCCCUCAACUCAAGCGUCGGGAGCAGCUGAAGCGGAUUCUACUUUUCAACAAACAGAACAACCACGUCCGAAGCGAAGCCGUUCCACCACUCAAAUUUAA